CGGUGUAACCCCACAUUCUUGUCCUAGGCUGAUCAGCGACCGCAAGGAUGUAACGAGCAUGGAAUUAUGGAUAAGAGGAGUGGAUAUCUCACAAGCGGUCGCGAUUUCGAACGUAAUUUGUGGCUGAAUAGUGAUAAUAACAAUGCAAGGAGAGUCUAAGGUGCCGGGAAGCGCAGGUAGUGAUCAUGACGGAGAAGCUCUCACAACGACUUCUAGUACCACUUUUUCUGAAGCGAUAAAUAUACUCGUGCCAAGUUCUUAUGCAGGAAGCGCGGCCUCCUCAAGCAUUGCGGCGUCGAGCAUCAGCAACCCAGAACUCGAGGUUGAUACUCAGAGCGAAAGUCGUAGUGAUUCAGAUUCCGCAUUUUCUAGCAUCAGAGACUCAACCACGUCUUUACGAGCGAGUGUUUACGACUAUGUUGAGGAGAAUGGUCGGACUUUUCACAAGUACAAGGAAGGCAAAUAUGUAUUACCAAACGAUGCGAUCGAGCAAGAUAGAUUAGACCUCCAACAUCAGAUGUGCCUUAUACUGCUGGAAGGUAGACUUCAUUUGGCUCCGAUCGGCUCAAAUCCGCAGAAUGUCCUUGACGUGGGCACAGGAACGGGAAUAUGGGCAAUCGAUUUUGCAACCAAAUACCCGUCCGCCAAAGUGAUCGGGACAGACCUAAGUCCAAUCCAGCCUGAAUUCGUCCCAGCAAACUGCCAAUUUGAAGUCGACGACGCAGAAGACGAGUGGGCAUUCUCCACUUUCUUCGACUUCAUCCACAUGCGCGGCAUGAUGACAUGUUUCUCCGACCCGCGAUCCAUACUCGCCAAAGCCUACGAUGCCACAGCCCCAGGUGGUUACCUUGAGAUGCAAGACUCCGUCUUUCCAAUGCACUGUCACGACGACACGCUCGAAGGCACAGCCCUCGAUAUCUGGGGCAAAGCUUGUGUAGAAGGAGCAGCUAAGAUUGGCAGACCGUGGACUAACACCCCGAAUUACAGAGACUGGAUGGUCGAGCUGGGCUUUGAGGACGUCAAAGAGAAGAUAUUUGAGGUACCCAUUAACACUUGGCCGAAGGGAAGAAAGCAGAAGGAGCUGGGGUUGUGGUGGCAGGCCGACUUGAUGGAUGCACUAGGAGCUAGUAUGGCUAUUUUGACGAGGGCGAUGGGUUGGACACCUGAGCAGGUGGAGUUGCAUUUAGUACAGGUGAGGAAGGAUAUUAAGAAUAGGGGUGUUCAUGGAUAUAUGCCAAUACAUGUGGUCUGGGGAAGGAAACCGAAGUCUGCGCUGGAAGACGGACUCACGACUGGUAGCACCUAAACUUGAUUUCUAUAGAUUUGGACCCUGUUAGCGGAUUGAAUGAGUGCUGCCAGCUAAUAACACAAAUCCUUUCCAUUUAGAUCGUAUCAAGCGAUUAGUAUAUGGUCCAGAACAUCUUCGCUGAUGUUAGACGCGGGAACUAUGCUUUCUUUAUUGCUACUAUUUGGCAUACAAUGGCUCACCAACGGCUAUUUCUGAGCGUGUAUAUCGCGUCUCUGUGCUAAACAAUCCGUUCUGCACGGAUUCAGAUUUGUAGGCAAGUACUGAGGUGCACCGGAACGGCGAUGGGCCUGCUGUGCCCACAGGCUCG